GGGCUGCAUUGUAAUCUUUUUUUUGUCUUAACUAUUAAACAUCCACUGAUCAUUUUACUGUGACAACGUGCUCAUCUCCUGGGAAGGCCCUUUGGAAUUGACUCUAGCAUGUUCACAAGACCUAUAGGAUGGCUAUGUGGUGAGCUUCUCUCUAAGUUUUCAGGGCAUGCUACUGUCGUCCAACGGGCAGCAUUGAGCAUUGUAGAGGAGGCCAAGGAUGAGUUUCCAAAUCUGACAUCAUUGGUGCAAUCACAGAAAAGAGAACCAGUAUUAAAAAGAUCAAGAAACGUAAUGUCUAAAGUCAUGAGAAUGCACAAUGAUGAGGAGCUUGCUAAUGGAAUGACCAAUAUCUUCAAAUUCAGCAGAUCAACACCUCAACUUCUACGGACCCAACAACUUCCGAAAAUGGUGAACCUGCACCUCAGCUUCCAUCAGCCGAUGAUAGCCCAAGCACAAGUCGAAACAUGCCUUCCAAUGGGACACAAGCAUCUGCCGAAUGUAAACUACUUACCUGCAAGGACGGUCAUAACUAACUUAGUUUAUGCAAUCAUAAUUUGCAUGGCAACUUACAGCAAAAUGGCAAUGGGAUUUUUGAAGGAAUUUGCCUCAGUUUCACCGACUCAACAGAGGAAAGAUGGCAGCACCAGCAAGCAAUAUGAGUUUUCAAAGCAUCACAUGACAAAAAAAUGAAUUUCCAUGGGAAACAAGCAAUUUAGUUCUUAGGUAUUAAACAACAUUAUGAUCAGGAUGAAGAUCAGAAAGCAACACAAUGUGCACACUGGACCUGUUUAAAAUUGCUUUUCUGUACUAACUAAAAGGACUACAGAUAACCAAAAGCAACCACGACAAAAGUUUCAAGUGUAACAUAGUUUGCAGGGCUGCAUUUUAAGAUCUAAUUGUUUCCCUUUUCCUUACUGGCAAUGAAAGAAGUAAACAUGGCUGAGACAAUAUUUUAUACCAGUUUUUUGUUUAAAAGAACACCCAAAAAGUCUUUAUCCAUUCAACGUGCACAUACCAGACUAUCUUUUCAAUGAAACCAGUAUCCAUUGCACUAACAUUUCUCAGAUUGAUAGCAAAAGUAACAUUUUGCCAUUGUGAUCAAUGUGGGACUGAGUUAAUCAUAAGGCAAAGCUCCCAUACUCAAUCCAUAACCUGCGCUGAAUUAGCUGGUCAUGGAGGACAAUAGUCAUCAUUAAUGGACAUCAGUUCCCAAGCGGAGAAGGAGGAGUAAGAUUAGUCAGGCUUUAUUUAUCUGGUAGUAAUUCUUGCUGACAGUUUCUAACAGUCGAAGUCAGAAGUAAUAUCCAGCUUUGAUAAAUCUCUACUUUUGGACAUCUAAUAACUUUAUAAAAAAUAAAUUUACUAAAUGACAAUAAUUUAAUAGUUAAUUGCACUGCUUGCAAAACAUUAAAAAAAUGUCGCAAAAAUCGGUGUCAACAAAACUGCACACAAUGACAGAUGUUUACAGCUUUCAAGCUUGCUCGGGUGUAAUUAACAUAAUUAGAGACCUUAAUUAUCUUGUAUAGAAACAUAGACAUAGAAAAUAGGUGCAGGAGUAGGCCAUUCGGCCCUUCGAGCCUGCACCGCCAUUCAAUAUGAUCAUCCAACUCAGUAUCCUGAACCUGCCUUCUCUCCAUACCCCCUGAUCCCUUUUGCCACAAGGGCCACAUCUAGCUCCCUCUUAAAUAUAGCCAAUGAACUGGCCACAACUAUCUUCUGUGGCAGAGAAUGCCACAGAUUCACCACUCUCUGUGUGAAAAAUGUUUUUCUCAUCUCAGUCCUAAAAGACUUCCCCCUUAUCCUUAAACUGUGACCCCUUGUACCGGACAUCCCCAACAUCGGGAACAAUCUUCCUGCAUCUAGCCUGUCCAACCCCUUAAGAAUUUUGUAAGUUUCUAUAAGAUCCCCCCUCAAUCUUCUAAAUUCUAGCGAGUACAAGCCGAGUCUAUCCAGUCUUUCUUCAUAUGAAAAUCCUGCCAUCCCAGGAAUCAGUCUGGUGAACAUUCUCUGUACUCCCUCUAUGGCAAGAAUGUCUUUAGUAGUAAAGUAUCUGAUGUGCUAAGUUUAGUUUUUUGCUUUCUCUUGCAUGCAGUGUGUCUCUGCCUGUCUUAACCUUUUUCAGAAAUAAAUUGGUGUUCUGAAAAGAAGCAAAUCGAGACCUUUGCGAGAUGCAGACGUUAUCACAUAGAAAUUAAAUAAUUUGCUUUCCUUGAAUUAUUAGAAAAGAGUGAGAGAACAAAAUAAUCUAAUUUUCCUUGAAAUUAUUACCCACGAGGCCCAGACGUGUUUCAUUCAUUGCUCUAGGUCCAUUUGAUCAACAAUUUUGAUUUUCUAAAUUUAAAUAUGUAAAUUUCCAGCCAGUUGACUUGCUCUGCUGUAAAAUUAUGAUGUUGACUUUAUGUACUUAAUUUGCAUGACAUUUCCUCCACACUGGGGUUUUCUGGAUAAAUUACUAUGCUUUUAUUGGGAGCAGUUGC